AUGGGCAGCAUUCAAACACCGGAGACAGUGCGGGUAAAGCCUUCAUCGGCGGGAGCACUUGUACGUUCUGUCCUUCUUGCAUACGGAGUACCAUCCGACAAUGCAAACCUCGUGGCUGAGGCACUUGUUCUGGCAGAUCUUCGAGGUGUCGAUACGCACGGCAUCAAUCGCCUGCCAAGCUACAUUAAUCGAGUCGAGGCCGGUGUCCUCAAUCCGAACCCCAUGUUAGAAUUCCAGAUGAAGACGCCGGUCGCGGCUUUAUUGGACGCGAAAAACACUUUCGGGCCCAUCGCGGCCUCUUUGGCAAUCGACAAGGGGAUUGAGAUUGCCUCGACGUAUGGUCUGGCCAUCAUCGCAGUCAAGCACAGUAACCACUAUGGUAUGGCGUCGACCUAUCUGUCCCGUGCGAUCGAUCAAGGUUAUGCGGCCUUUGCCUUCACGAAUGCCAGUCGUUCCAUGCCACCGUGGGGUGCGCGCGAGCCAUUACUUGGUACGAGUCCGUUCGCGGUUGGCCUUCCAGGCGGUGAGAAGGGGGAUUUUAUCCUCGACAUGAGUCCUAGUGUGGCUGCACGUGGCAAGAUUCGAAAAGCUGCACGGCGUGGAGAAUCCAUUCCUGAGGGAUAUGCUCUAGAUGAAUAUGGGAGGUCAACGACGGACCCUGAUGCUGCCUUGAGAGGUGUAGUACUCCCUAUUGGUGGGCCCAAGGGCAGUGGGAUCGCCAUGAUGAUGGAUAUCUUCGGUGGGCUGUUGACAGGUGCGGCCUUCAAAGGUGAUGUGGUUGAUAUGAAUAAAAACAUGAGUGAUCCCCAGAACGUUGGACAUUGGUUCUUGGUAUUUCGACCUGAAUUGUUCUUGGAUGACAAGGCCGAGUAUUUCAGUCGCAUGGAUGACUUGAUGAAGGCAGUGCGGUCCUGCGAGAAGGCUGAGGGAGUCAAAAGAAUCUUUACGAGCGGAGAAAUCGAGGCUGAAAAACAAAUAGUGAAUGGACGGGAUGGCAUUGAAUAUACUAAAGGCGAGGUUGAUACCCUACACGCUUUGGCUGAAAAGGCUGGGUGCAAGGAGAGAUUGGAGAGCAUCGAGUAG